AUGCCUCGUCGCGCAGUCUCUCCGACGCCCUCCGACGGCGAAGUCGACAUUGCUGACUCUCUGUUCAACACGAAUGCCGAUGACAGUGGAAGCGAAGGCGGACAAGAUGCGGGCUUCGACUUUGACGUUGACGGAAUCCUGAAUGGCGAUACCGAGGAGGCCGAGGAUGAUGGCGAUGAAGCCUUCAUUGCACUCAAGCAGGCGGCUUCUUUCCGCAAGUCCUCCAACUUGAAGGGCAAGUCUGUCAAGAAGGGCGGUGGAUUCCAGGCCAUGGGUCUUAAUGCAAACCUCCUCCGGGCGAUCACGAAGAAGGGAUUCUCCGUUCCCACGCCGAUUCAGCGAAAGACGAUUCCUUUGAUCAUGGAUCGUAAAGAUGUCGUGGGUAUGGCAAGAACCGGUUCCGGAAAGACGGCUGCUUUUGUCAUCCCCAUGAUCGAGCGUCUCCGCACUCACAGCGCCAAGAUCGGUACUCGCGCGCUGAUUCUGUCGCCAUCUCGUGAACUGGCUAUUCAGACGCUGAAAGUUGUCAAAGAGUUCAGCAAGGGAACAGAUUUGAAGUGUGUCGUGCUCGUCGGUGGUGACAGCAUGGAGGAGCAGUUCAGUCUCAUGUCCUCAAACCCUGAUAUUGUCAUUGCCACGCCCGGUCGUUUCCUCCAUCUUAAGGUCGAAAUGGGUCUGGACUUGUCGACGAUCAAGUAUGUGGUUUUUGACGAAGCCGAUCGUCUUUUCGAGAUGGGUUUCGCUGCCCAGCUUACUGAGAUUCUUCAUGCACUUCCCCCGUCGAGGCAGAGUUUGCUGUUCUCUGCCACGCUGCCAGCCUCUUUGGUUGAAUUCGCUAGGGCCGGUUUGCAAGACCCGAGUCUGGUCAGAUUGGACGCCGAGUCCAAAGUGUCCCCCGACCUCGAGAGUGCAUUCUUCUCCGUCAAGGGAGCCGAGAAGGAGGCUGCUCUUUUACAUAUCCUACAUGACGUUAUCAAGAUGCCUAUGGGUACUCCUGACGGAGUUCCGUUGGAUGUCGCGCCAUCAAAGAAGAGGAAGCGCGGCGAAUCGGGCGGAGAAGGAAAGCCUACGGAGCACUCUACCAUCAUUUUCACAGCCACGAAGCACCACGUCGAAUACUUGGCGCAGCUUCUUAUCAAGGCUGGAUUCGCCGUGUCAUACGUAUACGGUUCUUUGGACCAAGAGGCCCGUAGAAUCAACACCGAGAACUUCCGCCAGGGACGCGCAAACAUUCUGGUAGUCACGGACGUCGCCGCCAGAGGUAUUGAUAUUCCCGUGUUGGCCAACGUCAUUAACUACGACUUUCCCCCGCAACCAAAGGUCUUUGUUCACCGUGUUGGACGUACUGCUCGUGCCGGCCAGAGAGGUUGGGCUUACAGCAUUGUGCGUGAACUCGAUACGCCGUACCUGUUGGAUCUCCAACUCUUCCUCGGCCGUAGACUUGUCGUGGGCCAUGAAAGCGAGAAGCCAUCUUACGCCCAGGAUGUGGUUGUUGGCGGACUCGGACGAGACAGAAUUGAAAUCAACAUGGAAUGGUUGAACAAGGUGUUGAAGGAGGAUCACGACAUCGAGGCACUUCGCAAAGUAUCUACUAAGGCAGAGAAGCUGUAUCUCAAGACCCGUCACUCAGCAUCUAGUCAGAGCGCGAAGCGUGCUCGUGAAAUUGUCGGUACCAAGGGCUGGAGCCAGCUUCACCCUCUAUUCGGCACUGCUGCCAACGAUGUUGAGCAGGCGCGCAACGAGAUGAUGGCCAAAAUCAGCGGUUUCAGGCCGGCCGAAACUAUUUUCGAAAUUGGACGUGGAGGCAAGGGCUCGAACAACGAGGCAGUAGAAGUGAUGAAGCAACUGCGCAAGCGCAUUACCCCGCACCGCGGCAACAAGGUUGAAGAGGCCGAGUCCGACGAUGAGAUGCAGGACUUGGACGAGGCAGAGAACGACUCAGACGACAACUCAGACGAGGAUAGUGGAAAGGCCAUGCAAGUCUACGACUCAGACGACGACGAUAAUGAUGGUUUCGAGGUCACGAUUUCGAACACUGGAGAGAAGAAGAAGAAGCCGGACUCAUGGCGCGACUCUGAGGUCUUCAUGUCCUACACCCCUCGUACCAUCAACGCGGCUGAGGAGCGUGGCUACGGCGUCAGCACUGGCGCGCAGACGUCUAGCUUCGUCGAGGCGGCCCGCGACGCGGUGAUGGACCUCACAAAUGACGAGACGGCUAAGGGCUUCGGUGAACCUACCAAAACGCGCGGAAUGCGGUGGGACAAGAAGCAGAACAAGUACGUCGCACGUGCCAACGACGAGGACGGUUCCAAGGGUUCCAAGUACAUCCGCGGCGAGUCUGGCGUCAAGAUUGCCGCGACAUUCCAAAGCGGCCGUUUCGACAAGUGGCGCAAGGCGAACAGGCUGGGAAGGAUCCAGGUCGGUGGCAUGGAGAAAUCGAACGUGGCAGAGCUGCCAAGCGGCCCGCGGUACAAGCACAAGCAGGAGAAGGCACCGAAGCAGGCGGACAAAUACCGCGACGACUUCCAGGUGCGCAAGAAGAGAAUUGCCGAGGCGAAGGAGAAGAGAAUUGGAAGAUUCAAGGAUGGAGAGGGCAGCAGGAAGGAGAUCAAGGGUGCCGAGGAUAUCCGGAAGGCGAGACAGGAGAAGGAACGGAAGAGAGAAAAGAACGCCAGACCUUCCAAGAAGAGGUAA